CAGAGCGCCUUCAGAACUCCUUCACAGUAUCCACUGACCAAUCUCAGCGCGCCCGGUUAACCAAGGGGCGUGGUUUCGGAUGAAAGCCUGAGGGGCGACCAGAAAGGGCAGGAUAAAAAAAAAAAAAGUGACGGUGCGCGCGGAAAGAGGAGCGCGAGGAAGAUGGACUGUAAGGAGCGCGCGCACGGGAACUUCUAAUCCACUCCACAGUCUGUGUGUGUGUGUGUGUGUGUGUGUGUGUGUGUGUUGUGAAGACCGUCCGAUCAGCAUCAGGAUCAUAGGGUGAAGAUGCCUGUGCUGGAAAGAGAACCAUCCAGAGACAGCAAUGUGAUACCCAAAGUACCUUUACCAGACCUGCAGCAAACCAUGUCUACAUACCUGAAGUGUGUGAAACACCUCGUCCCUGUGGCCCAGUUCCAGAAAACCAAAGCUAUAGUAGAGAAGUUCAGCAAACCAGGAGGAACAGGAGAGAUGCUCCAGAAAAAACUGCUGGAGAGGAGAGACAAGACCGAGAACUGGGUUUAUGAUUACUGGCUGGACGACAUGUACCUGAAUAACAGACUCGCCCUUCCUGUCAACUCCAGUCCCGUGCUGGUGUUUCCCAAACAGGACUUCAGAGACCCAGACGACUGCCUCAGAUUUGCUGCUAAACUCAUUUCAGGAGUGAUGGAGUAUAAAGCCAUGCUGGACAGGAGGACUUUACCCCCGGAUUACGCUCGAGGUCAGCAGGCUGGCAGUAUUCUGUGUAUGGAGCAGUAUUACCAUCUCUUCACAUCGUACAGACGACCUGGACUGAAAAAAGACUCACUGAUCACACAGAGCAGCACAGGAGCCGAGAAAACACCUGAACCUGGGCACGUUGUAGUGGCCUGCAACAACCAGUUCUUUGUGUUAAAUCUGAUGGAGAAAUCCCAGACGCUGAACGAGAUCGAUGUUCUAACCCAGCUAGUCAGGAUUAGUAAAAUGGCGGAGAAGGUGGAGGAGAAACAUCCCCCCAUUGGCCUCUUCACCUCAGAUGACCGGACAGAGUGGGCUAAAGCUAGAGACAUGCUGCUCAAAGACCCAGUGAACCGGGAGUCUCUGGAGCUGAUGGAGCGUUGUGUGUGUGUGUUGUGUCUGGAUAAACCCACUGGAGUUCAGCCCACUGAUUCCAACAGAGCGUUACUCAUGCUGCACGGUGGCGGCCAUGACAAGAACGGCGCCAACCGCUGGUACGACAAAUCCAUGCAGUUUGUGGUUGGUGCUGAUGGAGUGUGUGGAGUGGUGUGUGAACACUCUCCAUUCGAGGGGAUCGUCCUGGUCCAGUGUUCUGAAUACCUGCUGAAGUACAUGACCAGAAGCCCUAGUAAGCUGAUGAAGAGGUCGAGGGUAAGCGAUCUCACAGUUCCACAAAGACUGUCCUGGAAUUGUUCUUCUCUGAUCAUGAGCAUGCUGUCGUCCUCCGCUAACAACCUUCAGAGGCUUGUGAGAAACCUGGAUAUGGAGGUCUUCACGUUCAGAUUUUAUGGCAAAGAGUUCAUCAAGAAGCAGAAGAUGAGUCCUGACGCUUACAUCCAGGUGGCACUACAGCUGGCCUUCUACAGAUGCACCAGGAGGACAGUCUCCACCUACGAGAGCGCCUCCACCCGCUGUUUCCGUCACGGCCGCGUCGACAACAUCCGCUCGUCCACUGCCGAGGCGCUGCACUUCUCCAAAGCCAUGACAGACGAGGGAGCGUGUGUGCAGGAUUCAGAGAAGAUGGAGAGACUGAGGAAGGCUGUAGACUCACAGACCCAAUACACAAAGAUGGCCGUUUCAGGAUUGGGAAUAGAUAAUCACCUGCUCGGCCUUCGGGAAAUUGCCAGGGAGCUGAAGAUGGAAACUCCCGACAUUUUCACAGAUGAGACGUACCUCCUCAGCAACCAGUUCAUCCUCUCCACUAGUCAGGUUCCUACAACAGUAGACAUGUUCUGCUGUUACGGCCCGGUGGUUGCUAAUGGUUACGGGGCAUGUUAUAAUCCUCAAGCUGAAAACAUCCUGUUCUGCGUGUCCAGUUUCCGUGAGUGUGUGUCCACGUCAUCUCUCGUGCUGGUGAAGGCUCUAGAUCAAGCACUUAUAGACAUGAGGGAGCUGUGCAAUAGAUGCAGUGCUGUCAGUCAUAAAGAGGGUGGGGCUAAGCCAGCCACGCCCAGGAAGUAAGUCAUGAGAAACUGAUGGUCUAAAGUAUCUUCAGAUAUCACUAACGUCUUUGGGAUUGUUUUGUUUAAAAGCUCAAAAUAUAAUGUAUAGCCGUGUUUCUGCUAAUCUUGUAAUCAGUUCUCGGUAGUGGACUACUGAUGAUUAUAGCGCAUUACCGUCUGAGUCAUUCUGGUUUCUUGUGCCAAUAAUUGGUUAUAGGAUAACUGUAAAAUCAAUCACAUCAUAUUGUGAUAUUGUGAACUGAUGUUGCGUUCAUCUAAAGCUAGCUGUAUUCUG